UCGGAAGAAGAACCUAUUCAAACCAAUACAUGUAAUGAGCUUUUAUUAGAAAACGAUUUUUCUAAGACAAUCAUUCAAAAAUACACUAAGGUCAGACCUUAUAAAUGUGAAACUUGUGGCAAAAUUUUUUCUCAGACCGGUAACUUGAAGAAUCAUAUAAAAAUGCAUACCGGUGAAAAGGCUCAUAAAUGCAAUGUAUGUGGUAGAGGAUUUCCUUAUAAAAGUGUUUUAUUGGGUCACAUGAUAAUUCAUUCUGACGAAAGACCCUUUCAUUGCAAUUUUUGCAGUAAAAUGUUCCGUCGUCUUGGUAAUUUACAGACACAUGAAAGAAUACAUACAGGCGAAAAACAUUAUAAAUGUGAAAUUUGUAGUCAAGGAUUUUCUAGGCAAAACAAGUUGUUCAAACAUAUGUCAAAGCAUACAGAUCAUCGUUACAAAUGUGAUGUAUGUGAGAAAGGAUUUGUACGGAGUGGUGACUUGUUGAUACACAGAAAAAUUCAUACAGGUGACACGUCAUAUGAAUGUGAAAUUUGUGGUAAAGGUUUUAAUAGAACAAGUGUAUUGAAUAGACAUAGGAAAACACAUACUGGUGAAAAACAUUUUCGUUGCGAGAUUUGUCGGAAAAGGUGUUCAACAGCUGGGGACCUAAAGUUACAUAGGGCAAUUCAUUCUGAGAAAAAACCGUUCAAAUGUGAUCUAUGUGAAAAAUCAUUCAGGCGUAAAGAUCACCUCAAUUCACACGUGGCUAUACAUAUAGGUGACAAACCUUAUGCAUGUAAUUUAUGUGGAAAAAAUUUCAGCCACAAUGGAAACUUAAAGGUACAUUUGAGAACCCAUUCUGAUGAAAAGCCUCACACAUGCAGCAUAUGUGGAAUAAAAGUUCGACAAAAGGACAACUUGAAGAAGCAUAUGAGAAUACAUACUGGUGAAAAACCAUAUAAAUGCAAUUUAUGUGGAAGAGAAUUCUCUCAAAGUGGGGACUUAAAAAGACACACAGAAACGCAUACGAAUGAAAAACUGUUCGAGUGUAAUGUAUGCAAGAAACGUUUUGCCACUAAACGUAACCUUCAGAAUCACAUGCAAACACACAAAGGUGAGAAAUCAUACAUAUGUGAAACUAUAUGGGCACAUAAAAAUACAUACUGGUGACCAACUCCAUGAUUGUAACGUAUGUGGUAAAUUAUUUGGUGAUUUAGAUACACACAAGAGAACACACACUGGUGAAACACGUUUAUAUACAUGUAUUGUGUGUACAACAUGAUU